AUGUUGGAUCUGAAGCACGCAUCAAUAGCCAAGGCACUAAUUCUCUUUAACAUGAUGCAUGAGAUUGACAAGGAGAUGACGACGAAAGGCCCUCACCCGACAGACUAUUUUCUCGUCAUGGCGUACGUGUUUGCUUGCCAGAUCAUCCCACCCUUUGUCCAAAAGAAGUUGCAGAGCAACAUUCAAGAUCUCAUUGAGAGGCUUGAAAACAAGAAGGAACCUCUUUCAUUUAUCCACCUUCAUGCAUGCGAUACAGAGGCUGUGAUUCGAAUCCUCCGACAGUGGCAGAACCCGUGGCCUGCAAUCUCCAAACCAGCACAUGUGAGGAAAUUUAUCGAGGAAAAAACCCCCCCGCCGAAUCCUCUUGCACCCGACAAAGGUCCAGAUGGUCCAGAAAAGAAGGACUUUAGGAAGUUUGCAGCUUUGUUCCCGUCGCAGGCACUCGCGAGACAAUGGGAGCCAUCUCUUGCGGACACUCUGGCCGAAUACAAAAAGACAGGCAAGGGCAAAAAGCUACUGCAGCAAAUAGAUGCUACCUGGGCCGUCAACAAUACGCUGAUUGACUAUGACGUUGCUGAUUAUGAACUCGAGAUCCCGGGUGGAAGCUGUGCUUAUCUCGAGUUUGACCCGUUGGAGAUGGUGUCGGCAGCGGAUUUUGCAUCCAAGAGCGGAGAGCGCGCCAAGGCCAAAACGAACAACUCGAUAGAUCGCCUCGCUGAUGUUUUUCGUGUCAUUACAAUCUCUACCAUGAAGCUGCAUUCUCAGAAGAGAUUGAUAGUGGAAAUGAUUGUAGGGGAGAUGACGGACAUCAUGGAGCGCAUCCGCUACAAUGCGCUGGAACACAGACGCCCUGACCCAAAGAACUCCAAGACCGAUGAGCCUUUGGACCCGACUAAAUUCCCGCAGACCUAUGACUACAUACACAUGAGCAAUAUCCCAGAUUAUAUUGGCGGCCAUCUCACCACCUUCUUAGUGGCCCGGCCGCUGCUCAAUGACAAGAGUCUCUCCAGCUUGCGCUUCAAUAACCUACUUAAUUCCCCCGAAUUUGAGAACCACGAGGCUUUCCAAUCCGAAUAUCUGCUCAUGCAUGACGAGGAGCACAUCAAAAGCCACUUUUCAGUGCGCAGGCGACCAGGAGCCAGCAUUGCUGAUAAUCCCAUCUUCAAGAGCAUGUUUGCAGGCAAGAUCAGCUCCUUUGCAUUCGAAGGCGACAUGAUCUGGGACUGA